CGUUGCUUUACCUCUUCGAUCAUUGUAUCGCGCUGCGUUCGCUUCACAGCACUCCACAAUGAGUCGGCCCAACUAUGACGAAGAGCCAUAUUUAUCCAUCCGCAAAGCAUGCGAGACAGAUGAUGUGGAUCUCCUCUCUCGCGUCAUCACACCGGAAAUGGUUGCUAUGAAGCCCAUGCCAGACCGCACCUUCACUUUGCUGGACUUUGCUUGCGACACCAGCAUUCGCCACAAUGCCACCUCAGUACUCUCCUACGUUGUAUCUGAUUGCAAGUUCAAUGUACAGAGCCUCGACACUGGUAACAUUGCUGGCAUUAGUAAUGUCUCGACCGGAAUUCUCGAUAUCUUGCUCGCUCACGGCUGGGAUAUCAACGGCUACGACUUGUCCUCUCCACGCAAGCAAUUGCCGUUCCUCUGGCGCGUUCUGUCUAAAGACUACCUGGUCUCAUACUGCCUCUCGCAUGGCGCGGACGUGUAUCCCAGAGGCCAGCCCCCGAUCGACCCCAACUUCAUCACCGUCGAGCUGCGCAAUUGUCCGCCUCUGUUAGAGAGAGCGGCGGCCUACUCGACUGUCGCCACGUUCGACCUCCUGCGGUCCCAUGGGGCUCCGAUGGGGUGGAGAGCGCUCCAUCUCGCCGUUCAGGAAGCGACUCAUCCAUGGUUGACCGGCCGGCCCGACUCGACGCGCGAGCUGAUGAGCGACAGAGAGCACGACAAAGCGUACACAUAUGCCGAACGCAUGGCCAUGGUGCGCCACCUCGUCGAAGACGUCGGCCUCGACGUCAACGCUCUCGACCAGCCCGUGACUCAAAAGCACGUUCCUACUUUCCACCGCGGUACGCCGCUUUGCUACGUCUCCGACUCGGAAGUCAUCGAAGGCCUCUAUCGAGGACAUACUGUCAUCGCGGACACGCGCGAGCUGACGUGGUACUUGCUCGAUCAGGGCGCGGAUCCGACGCAAGCCCUCGAGGUGAUCAAGCACAGCCAGCACCCGACUUUUGCUGCAGACGUGGAGAUGUGGCGAGCUCAAAGGAAACUUGCGGCAUCCAAGCACUCAAGGUGCAUGAUCCAAUGAUUACACUGCGUGUUUCAAUAAUGAGGAGCGGAGUGAUUUUCUUCUUCUACGUACUCCGUAUGUGCGCAUCGAUUAUACGUAUCACAGGAGGCGCUCUCAUUCCGAAUGAGAGU